CCCCCAUCAGGCAACACAAUGACAUUCUCUGCCACCAUAUGGAUUUUGCUGGUCUACCCUGUAGCAUGUCACACUAAUAGCCAGAAUCCCAACUACAAUGUGGCAGCCAAGAAGGAGAUCAGCUUGGAAGGUGACCUGGUUAUUGGGGGCCUCUUUCCCGUUCAUGAGAAAGGUAGCCCCAUGGAGGAGUGUGGCAAGAUCAAUGAACAUCGUGGCAUUCAACGCCUCGAAGCUAUGCUUUUUGCCCUAGAUGAAAUCAACAAAGACCAACGUAUUCUUCCAGGCAUCACACUGGGGGCCCACAUCCUAGAUACCUGUUCCAAGGACACAUAUGCCCUAGAACAGUCACUAGAUUUUGUUCGUGCCUCCCUCACCAGAGUUGACGGCUCUGAGCACAUCUGUCCUGACGGAUCCUAUGCCAUCCAUGAUGACGUACCCACGGCCAUCACAGGUGUUAUUGGGGGCUCUUACAGUGACGUUUCCAUCCAGGUGGCUAACCUCCUGCGACUGUUCCAGAUCCCCCAGAUCAGCUAUGCCUCCACCAGUGCCAAACUCAGUGACAAGUCUCGCUAUGAUUACUUUGCCCGCACAGUCCCCCCAGACUUCUACCAGGCCAAGGCUAUGUCUGAGAUCCUGCGCUUCUUCAACUGGACCUAUGUUUCCACAGUGGCCUCAGAAGGUGACUAUGGUGAAACGGGCAUUGAAGCUUUUGAGCAGCAAGCUCGAGCCCGCAACAUUUGCAUCGCCACCUCAGAGAAAGUGGGGCGCUCUAUGAACAAGAAUACUUUUGAUGGGGUGAUCAAGGCACUGCUACAGAAGCCCAGUGCUAAGGUGGUGGUACUAUUCACCCGGAGUGAAGAUGCUCGGGAGCUGUUGGCAGCUGCCCAGAGGAUCAAUGUGUCCUUCACAUGGGUGGCCAGUGAUGGCUGGGGUGCCCUUGAGAGUGUGGUGGCUGGCAGUGAGUCCAUAGCUGAGGGAGCAAUCACUAUUGAAUUAGCAUCCUAUCCGAUACAGGAAUUUGCUGUGUACUUUCGGAACCUUGACCCCUACAACAAUAGCAGAAAUCCUUGGUUCCGGGAGUUCUGGGAGCAUAAGUUCCAGUGCAGCUUCCACAACCAGAACUGCAGUCACCAUACAAUGAAGACAGGCAAGUUUGAGCAGGAAUCGAAGAUCAUGUUUGUAGUCAAUGCAGUCUAUGCUAUGGCCCAUGCUCUUCAUAACAUGUACCAAGCACUAUGUCCUAAUGCCACCAAGCUCUGUGAUUCCAUGAAGCCGGUGAAUGGCAAGAAGUUCUACAAGGAAUUCAUGCUCAAUGUAACAUUUGAUGCUCCCUUUCGACCGCCAUUAGACACCAAAAGCACUGUUCGAUUUGACCGUUGUGGGGACGGGAUUGGCCGGUACAACAUCUUCAACUUCCACAAAGCUAAUGGGAGGUAUCGCUAUCAGAAAGUAGGUUACUGGGCAGAAGGGCUCAUCCUAAACACCUCCCUCAUCCCAUGGGUGAAGACCUCCAUUCCUGUUUCCCAGUGCAGUGACCCUUGCAAGAAGAAUGAAAUGAAGAGCAUGCAGCCAGGAGACAUGUGCUGCUGGAUAUGCAUUCCAUGUCAGCCUUAUGAAUAUCUUCUGGAUGAAUUCUCUUGCAGGGACUGUGGUCUCGGGUACUGGCCUAAUGAGACAUUAAAUGGAUGCUAUGAGCUACCCCAAGAGUACAUCCGCUGGAAGGACGUCUGGGCUAUUGGACCUGUCACCAUUUCUUGUCUAGGCUUCAUCUCAACUCUGUUUGUUUUUGGAGUCUUUGUUAAAAAUAAUGACACUCCAAUUGUGAAAGCCUCUGGUCGUGAACUCUGUUACAUCCUUCUUACUGGAGUGUUGAUGUGCUACAGCAUGACAUUCAUCUUCAUAACCAAGCCCUCCACUGUGGUCUGCACCUUGCGGCGACUGGGGCUAGGUACCUCCUUUGCUGUCUGCUACUCCGCUCUCUUGACCAAGACAAAUCGAAUUGCUCGGAUCUUCAGUGGGGUGAAAGAGGGUGUGCAGCGGCCACGGUUUAUAAGCCCCACAUCACAAGUGGUCAUCUGUCUGGCUCUUAUUUCCUGCCAACUAAUUAUUGUUGUCAUUUGGCUCAUGGUGGAGACUCCGGGAACACGGAAGGAGACAGAGUCUGACAAAAGGUAUAUUGUCACCCUCAAGUGCAACAACCGAGACUCAAGUAUGCUAAUUUCGCUCACCUACAAUGUCCUCUUGAUCGUCCUGUGUACAGUCUAUGCCUUCAAGACCAGGAAAUGUCCUGAAAACUUCAAUGAGGCUAAGUUCAUUGGGUUCACCAUGUAUACCACAUGCAUCAUCUGGCUAGCAUUCCUGCCUAUCUUCUAUGUCACCUCCAGUGAUUACCGGGUCCAGACAACCACUAUGUGCAUCUCAGUUAGCCUCAGUGGCACGGUGGUCCUUGGCUGCCUCUUUACACCCAAACUUCAUAUCAUCCUCUUCCAGCCCCAAAAGAAUGUAGCCAGCCAUCGGGUCUCCACCAACCGUUUUAGCGUGACUGCUGCAAGCUCACAUGGCUCAUCUUCUCAGUAUGUCCCAACAGUAUGCAAUGGCCGUGAAGUAGUGGAUUCCACAACAUCCUCCUUGUGA